CUUGCCCUUAUCGGUCACACAUUUUUCUGCGGUUCUCCUCGACUGGCUCGCGUGAUAAUUUGGAAGCAAUUUUCUCGGAUUUUGAGGGCCCAGACAAACGUGCUUCGACAUUCCAUCUAUCGGAAUGUGUUCCCGGUGGACGGGUCUAUUGCUGGCCUUAGCCAUUUUUGCGGUUCCUAGCCGGGCCAGUGAGGUUUUCGGUUGCGGCGGCUUCAUCAAAAAUGCCAACUCCGAUCUCGACUUCAGCAAAGUGGAAGUGGGGCUGUUUAAUCAGAAGGGCAGUUUGAAAAUCAAAACGGACUGCUCCCCCUCGAAUGGUUACUACUUCAUUCCGCUGUACGAUAAGGGGGAUUACCUGCUCAAGGUGAUUCCUCCACCGGGUUGGAGUUUUGAACCGGAACAGGUUGCGAUCAAGUUCGAUGGGGUAUCGGACAUUUGCAGUCUGGGAAAGGAUGUGAAUUUCAUCUUCAAGGGUUUCGGCAUUACCGGUAAGGUGGAAGUCUUCCAACAAACGACUGGAGCCAAGGGGGUGCAGGUGGAGUUGCGGUCCGAAUCGAACACCAAGAUCGGCCAAACGUUUACCGAUUCCAAUGGAGUCUUUUCGUUUACGCCCAUCAAAUCUGGAAAAUAUGUCAUCAAAGUGAAGCACGACAAGUGGCGCUUCGUUAAGGAGGACCUGCAGGUAACGGUAACAACCGGCAACACCGAGAUCCCACCAAAGUCCCUGAUGGUUUCCGGUUUCGAUGUGGAGGGCAGCGUUUCGAGUGAUGGUCAACCUUUUGCGAACGUUGGCUUUCUGCUGUACGCCGAAAAGGACGCCCCUACGAUGGUGGCAUGCUCUUCGGAAGGUAUCCCUGCGGUGCGUGGAACCGAUCCCAAAUACAAUGCUUCCCCUCGAUGCUUCGUGGAAGCAUCUAAAGCCGGAACAUUCGUUUUUCCUGGGGUAUCUUCUGGAAAGUAUCGAAUUGUACCGUACUUUAGUCAGAAAGCAAUCAAAUUCCACAUCAGACCGGAGGCUUUGGAAAUCGAAGUGGUCCGAGAUAGUUUUAAGCUGAGGGAGAACUUUGAGAUUACCGGAUUUAGCGUCAGUGGAAAAGUGCUACAGGCAAUUGGAGGAUCAGGAGUUGCCAAUGCCAAGGUUAAACUGAACGGAAAGGAAAUUGCCACGACUGGUGCUGACGGUAGUUAUACUUUGGACAAUAUUCAAUCUGGAACGUAUACUAUUCAGGUAUCGGCAAACGAUUUGCACUUCAAGGAUCGAAUCGUUAAGAUUACUCUCAGCAAUCCGGAGCUUCCCGAUGUCAUCGUUUCCGGUUUUAAGGUUUGUGGUCAAGUAAUUUCCAAACAAACGCACCGAGUUUCCAUCGCCGAUAAGGGCUCAUCGUUCCACGUGGAAGUUUCGACCAAGCCAGAUUCAGCAGGGGAAUGGUGUACCUUCCUCGAAAAUGGCCACUACUCGGUUCAGGUUUUGACGAGUGAACAAGAACAGGCCGCUGGUGUCCAAUUCUUCCCGCUAGUUCAAUCGAUUCACGUUGAUCGAUCUCCCUUGAGCGGAAUUAUUUUCUCGCAGCUUCGCGCCACUGUUUCCGGUGAAGUUCGUUGCCUCGCUGACGCCGGCAACAGUUGUACCGAUGACAUUACCAUCACUUUGGCUUCGCUAGAUUCGAACGGAAAUCCUACUGGUCAACAGAUUAAGUCCGAGCUUCAAGGUGGAAAGUAUGCGUUCGCAAAUGUGCUUCCCGGAAGUUAUGAAGCAAGCGUUCCGAAAACGAAACUUUGCUGGCAAUCAAACACGGUACGGAUUAAUGUUAAAUCUACUCAAGAAACCGUUCCUGCCUUCGUUCAGAACGGUUAUCUGGUAUCCUUGAUAGCAAGUCACUCUGCCAAGAUGAAUUAUAAGCAACAAAGCAAUGAAGAAAACGUGAAAACCGAAGAAAUGACUCUUAAAGCAGGUGUGAACAGCUUCUGUGUCAAAAAGGCUGGAACCUACGACGUUAGCUUCUCGGGAUGUCACAAAUACGACGAAAGUGUUCCAAGGAUAUUUGAUACCCAAUCUUCAGCUCCUCUGUACGUCAAUGCCAUUAAGCAUCGGAACACCGUUAAAAUUCUAGCAGAAGAAAAGAGUACUUACAAAACUAAACUCUCUUCCGGAGAAACCAUCGAAUUCCAAUUAACCACCGAGCGCACCGGUUCCCACCACAUUUAUUACCACGACUUUUUCCUCGAACAAGGGGAAAAACUGACCCUAAACCCCAUCAGCGACAUCAUGCUGUUCCAUCCCACCGAACUAGAAAUCGCCGGUGGUUCCGACUGCACCGAAGUGCCAACUAAAAUAGUUGCCAACAAGGGUUUACUGAUCAACGGCAAAACGAAUCCACCCAUCAAGGAGGCCAAAAUUACGCUUCUUUUCCCGAAAAAUCCGGAACUAUCUCCAUUGGUUGAGCAAACCAACGAGCGAGGAGAGUUCCGCUUUGGACCCAUUGAUUCUGGCUUGAUAGUGGAACUGUCGGCCGAGAAGGAAUCUUACGUGUUCUCGGCCUUUGAUCGAGCUACUAAUAGUUUUAGCGGCCAUAAGCUUUGUGAGAUCAUUGUAACCGUUAAGGAUGAUGCCGGAAAUCGUUUGCCGGGAGUGUUGCUGUCCCUGUCCGGUGCCGAAAGCUAUCGAAAGAAUCUGGUUACAGGUGAAGACGGUACCAUCAAGUUCCACUCCCUUUCUCCCAGUGAAUACUAUCUGCGGGCGAUGAUGAAGGAGUAUGACUUUAAGCCGAACUCGAAACUGAUCGAGGUCAAGGAAGGCGCCACGGUGAUGGAAGAGCUUCGUGGAACAAGAACCGCAUUCUCGAUAUUCGGUUCCAUCACCUCUCUCAAUGGGGAACCUUUCCAAUCGGUAACCGUAGAGGCUGUGACCGACGAUCAAUGCGGAAACCAUCUGGAAGAAGCCACCAGCGAAUUCAACGGCCAGUACAGGAUCAGAGGUCUGCACCCAGGAUGCCAGUAUCGUGUUCGUGUGCGAACUGUUGGUUCAAACGUCGAUCGUUCGAUCCCUCGGGAAAAACUGAUCACCAUCGAAAAGGGAGAUGUUCGUGACGUAAACAUGAUCGCCAUCAGCCCUAUCACGUUUGUCGAUGUCACGGUUCGAGUGCUAGCUUCCGAAAACGAUUAUUACAAAACUCUCAAGAUCUACCUGUAUAAAAAGGGUAGCGAUACACCGGUCCACUCGCAGCGAAUCGAAUCUCCGCUGAAUCCCAAAUCCAAAUUCAACCCCGGCAUAAUGGUGUUCUUCCCGCGGAUUCCUUUCGACGGCAAAACUUACUACAUCGAGCUCACCUCAACCCUGUCGGACAAGAACUAUAAAUACUCGCUACCGCAGGUCCAAUUCACCGCCAACGGCAGCAGCUUCUUUGCGGAGAUGCACUUCCGGCCGGAGCUUCGUACCGCCGAGGGAGAUCUCAACCAAAAUUCCUUCUCCGCCAUCAUACUCAUCUUCCUGGUUGGGUUCAUUUUCUUCAAGCAGGAUCUGGCCCUGGAGCUGCUAGGUUUGGCCUGGGGCAAACUUAGCACCGGAGUCGGUGAUCUAGUCAGCAAAUCUAAGCCAAAAGAACAAAAGUACGAACCGGUUGCCAUCGAUGAGAAGGAGAUCGACAAGCUGGCCUCCAGCAUCAAUGCAAUCAAGAAGAAAAAGGUGAAGAAGGUUAACUAGGGAGAGUGCGGUGGCGGCUGGUAAGUUUAGUUUUAAUUUAAUUUUGUUUUGUUUUUGAAUCGUUUCUUCAAAGUGAAGGAACUUGGAGAAUUGUGCAACCGAAAAAAAUUGGGCGGUAUAAACGUUCGGUGCAAAUACAUCGAUACAGAUAAAA